UUUUGCGAAGCAGGUCAUCGACCUCGUCCAGUAUCUGAUUUUUCACAGUGUGAUCCAGGACAGAACUCAAGUGUUUUUUAGAGGACUGACCAUGUUACUGGUCUUUUUGACCUUUUCCUUCUUUCUGCUGCUCCACCAGACUUCUGCAGAUGUUUUCCUCCAGAGUCGGCAUGCCAAUCAGGUCCUUAAACGAUGGAAGCGAGCCAACAGCCCAUUUGAGGAAUUCCGGCAGGGCAAUAUGGAGCGGGAAUGUGUUGAGGAGUCUUGUAACUGGGAAGAGGCCAGAGAAAUAUUUGAGAAUAAUGAGAAAACGGAUGAGUUCUGGAAUGUGUAUUUUGAUGGAGAUGCUUGUACGUCCCAGCCAUGUAUAAAUAACGGCCAGUGUAAAGACGGAAUCGGGAAAUACAAUUGUUUCUGCCCACAAGGAUUUCACGGUUACAACUGUGAAUUUGCCAUCCCUCAGCUGUGUGAGAAUAACAACGGUGGCUGUGACCACUUCUGUCACGUCAUAGACGAGAAAAUUGGAUGCUCAUGCGCACAGGGCUACGAGCUGGCUUUAAAUGGCAAAAACUGCCAUUCUGACGAUCCUUUUAAAUGUGGUGUUGUCCAUCCAAUGAAGAAUACAAGGACAAUCUUUUUUUACAUCCCAGAUAAUGACAACACCACACAGAGCACAAAUUCUACAACAACAACAACAACACAACAUUACAACACGGCCACAGAGACAGUAGAAAGCAUUGCUGAUAGUACCAUCAGUCCUGACAGCGAAUAUAGCAUGGUUGAUGUGAACGAGGAUGACUUCCUUCCUGAAUCCGCUGGGACAACACGGGUUGUUGGAGGACAAGAGUGUCCUCCAGGGGAGUGUCCCUGGCAGGCUCUUCUAAUGGAUGAAGAAGGGACAGGCUUCUGUGGAGGAACCAUCCUGAAUGAGUAUUUCAUCCUCUCUGCAGCCCAUUGUAUGAACCAGUCCAAAGUCACAACAAUAGUUCUUGGUGAGUUCAACACCAACAAGGCAGAAGGCAGGGAAGCCACACAUGCGGUGGAGCUCUACAUCACACACACUAACUACGUCCCUGAGACCUACCACAACGACAUUGCUCUCAUCAAACUGAAAACACCUAUAAAGUUCACCAAGUACAUUUUACCCGCUUGUCUACCAGACCGUGAUUUUGCAGAGCGAGUGUUGAUGCAUCAACCAGAUGGCAUGAUAAGUGGCUUUGGGCGCGUUAGUGAUCGCGGCCCACAGGCCACUCUACUGCAGAAGCUGACAGUGCCCUAUGUGGACCGUGCAACUUGCAUGGAGUCCAGCUCUUAUAAAAUUUCCAAGCACAUGUUCUGUGCUGGAUUUGACAAGGAAAGCAAGGACGCCUGCCAGGGUGACAGUGGCGGACCUCACGUAACACGGUACAAGGAUACCUGGUUUGUGACAGGUGUAGUGAGCUGGGGAGAGGGUUGUGCUCGUGAGGGAAAGUAUGGAGUGUACACACAGGUGUCAAAGUACAUCAGGUGGUUGAACCAGCUGAUGAGCCGCAUAAUGAAUUUAAAGAAAAGGAGGAAAAGAGAUGCAUUGUACAAUGUCACAUACGUCUGAGAGUGCAUAAUGGAAAAAAAUACUGAGACGAAAAAGGAGAUGUGUCACUGUUCAUGACAUGAUGGCAAUGAUGUUUGUGAGAUUAAGUUGAAUAAAAGAAAUCUUGAGUCA